UCGAACUGGACUAAGGCCAACGCAACUUCCUUUCAACAUCAGAAUUAGAAAACGUCAUUCUCAGUUCUGUAAAUGUAGAGUUCGCACUUCGCAGAGCCGGCGCGACGUUCAAGGUCCAAGUAGCCUAUAAUCGCUCCAUUUAACGCCCAGCCGAGAAAACUUUUACUAGUGGAUGCAAUUUCUAUAUUCCAUUUUCGCGAUGGAAACUGAAGUAGCACUUCAAGAGGUGAAGAAAAUCAUAAACAACACGAUAAACAUCGACGAACUCAUCGACCUGGUGAGAGACAGGCCUGUGAUUUGGGACAGAUCUGUGGAGGGGUAUCGCAACAAAGAAUUCUCUGGGUUCGCUUGGGAACAGAUUUGCAGAAGAAUAUUUAACACUUAUGAUGACUGGGGUCAGGAGCAGAAAAUUUAUGUUGAAAAAAUGGUGAAGCAGAAAUGGACAACUACUCGGGACGUGUGGCAGAGGAACUACAGGAAGCGGAAAGAUGCAAUGCAAACGGGAGAAAAUCUUGAGAUUAAAGAAAAUGCUCGUUAUGAAAAACUCAAGUUUCUGGCCAAAGUAUAUGAAAAAUAUGACAAUCUUCAAUCAACCAAUGACGAAAAGAUGGUAACGAUAAAUUUGGAGGAUAUGGAAAAUCCUCCCUCCCCACAAGCAGAUCCAGGUAGUGGAAAUAUUAAUUUUGACAACUUUCAGCAAGACCUCAUAAGAUGUUUCAACAAAAGAUCACCUAACAACUUCAACAUGCCUCCACAAAAGCGGAGACAUGAGAACGGCGGUGUCCCAAAUGUACAAUUCAUAAAUAAUGAACAGGGAACCAGUGCUCCAAGAACCACAGUGGUGAAUGUUGAAGACAGGAUGAAAGUGGAAAAUCUUCUCAAAGCCAGUAAGCGCAGAAUGUCUUCUAACGACCUUAUGAAACCUGAAAAGAUAAGUAGGACCCAAGCUCCACCUCAGGUACCAAGUAGUCCUCGAAGGGAGGAAAUAUCACACACACCUAAAAAACAGUCCAUAAAGAAUAACCCUGAAAAAAGUUCACAAAAAAAUCAAGAAUCAAAACCUCAUGUGCAGCCUUUAAAACAGGAAAACUUUUCAAACGCUAGUGUUUCUACUUCAAGAGCUUCAAACGAAAUUGAGCCUCCGAAUGUCAAAGUUGUCAACCUGGAACAAAUAAAUAUACCUGCUGACAGAGAAAAGUCUUCAAACACCGAGCUUGAGCACUUCAUUCAGAUUUUGAGACCUACUAUUAAAGACUUCAACGAUUCACAAAUGAUGAAGUUUUUGGUUGCUACUUUGAAGCCUCUAAUUGCAGGCUUUGAUAAGCGUCAAUUGCGGGAUUUUCAAAUUGAAACUCUGAAGUUAGUUGGACAGAUAGAGGGACAAACUGACAAAUAACCCUUGUUACGUGAUAUGCCAAGUAUGUUGGAGUCUACAAGUUGGUUAAUAGAAGAAAGAAACUCAGUUGAACUAUAUUUAGCUCCGAAGGCGGCUAGCGGCAACAUUUGAAAUGUCUGCCAGUAUUUUCACUUGUUUGAGGAUUGGCGUCUCCGAUGUCAACAAGAUCUUCAGUGUAAAGACCAAAAUUCAACAGUUCUUUGUUAAGCAACUUGUGUUCUUUACUUACCUAUGAUAAAUCAGCAGACAAAUUUUUACAUUCUAUUGUAAAUGAAGCGUGUCUGUAGGAUAUUGAUGCGUAAUAACAUGCAUUCCUUAUAUUUACUAGGGUAGACAUUAACUGCAACGAUUUAACUGUUUUAUCAAAAGAAUAUUUUCUUAUUCCAGAAACAUUACGUCAUACUACAGCAUAACAUGCGUUGCGGGUCUAAAGUAGCUCUUUUACUCCAUAGGGAGUAAAAAUCAGAUAUUUUACCUUAUGUACUGUUGUAAACUACUGAACAGCUGCUUAUUUGCAUUAAAAUUACAAAAAACAAGUUGUUUUGAGAGGCUAUCUUUACAUUAAAAUUAUUAUUGAUGUUUUCUAACUUAUAAAUAACUAGCUGUAACCCGCGGGCUUUGCCCCGUUUAACUUCUUAAUUUUCAAGAUUAUCUCGUUCGCAUGGCUCAAUCACGUCCUGGUUGAAGUUUGUUCGCUACGCUCACUCACCUUU